UUUCCACCUUCUCCACUACUGUCCCGUCGAUGUGGAUAGGGGGUGCUCCCUCUGCUGUUUCCUGCAGUCCACAAUCAUCUCCUUUGUUUUGUUGACAUUGAGUAUCUGUGCUUUCCACAACAGCUCUGGUUCUCCCACACCAUAAAAUAAGAAACUUUCAGAGGUAUCAGACUACAGAGCUAUUGGAAAAUAGCUUUUCUGGGACAUGCUGCUUUUAAUUCAAAAGAGUUAAACUUACUCACAUCAGACAGGUUGAAGUCUAUUUAUUCAACCUCAAACCAUACUCAAAGAGUGCUGAAAAUGGGACACAAGUGCACCUCUAAACCCUCACCGUUUUUUCAAACACUCAUCCUCCUCUUCAUCUCCCCUACCGCUGCCAUGCCAGGGCCUGACUAUGGAGGCCACCCGCGGUUCAUCUGCAUUCCCGUCCCUGCUGAUACCGACCCUGCCUGCUUCCCCUCUGGGGGGCCAGUCAUGGGGCCUAGCGGGGCAGGGCACCACGGGCCUCCUGUAGGGCCCCCGAACAAUAAUGGCUGGUGGGGAAUGACAGAGGAGGCUAAAACCAGUAUUUUACACCUGAGAGAGAGCCUGGUGCAGCAGAAAGAGACCAUCCUGGAUAUGAGAGAGACCAUCAGGGAGCUUACCGCCAAGCUCACCCUCUGUGAGGGCUCUGGGCCAGGCAUCGGGGGUCACAACGACCACCAUGGACCUCCAUCUCAUCACGGAGGGGCUGUCAGCCAACUGCCUUACGCUGACAACAGUCACCAUGGCAACCAGCAGGGUCACCAUGGAAACAACAACCAUGCCUUGGAUGCAGCCGGACACUACCCUGGGAAUGGGGAGCACCGGUCAGACAGUGGGCAUAACAACAGGGGGAAGGAUAAACACGCAACACCAGAGGAUAUGAUAUCAUCAAAAUCGCCGGAGGAACUGGGCAGGAUGCUGCAGGCCCUUAAAGAGAGAAUGGAUAACCUGCAGCAGUCAAGGAACACCUCCACCACCUACUCCAGCUCUCUGAAGGAGCUCCUCCAGAGGAAGAUCAGUGCUCUGGAGCAGCAGAUGCACCACACCGCUGCUGCCCUCAGCAGCAGCCCCAAUCACCAUGACGACAGCGAUCACCAUGAUGACGGGCACCAUGAAGACCACGACGAUGACGGGCAUCACGACGACAGUCACCAUGACAAUCACCAUGACAAUGACGGGCAUCACGACGACAGUCACCAUGACGACCACCCCGAUGAUCACCAUGACGAUGGGCAACACGACAACGAGGCAGAUAGCCAUGGUUACCUGCAGAGAACGGGUUAUCGCAUACCAGGGCCCAGGGCUGGCCUGCACUCCAACAACAAACUGGACUCUCUACUGAAUAACCUGCACCACACAGGUACCAACAGCAGGAAGAAGACCAAGACCCCUGAUGCCUUCCAGAUCGGCUUCCCCAUGAGAACCAACUACAUGUACGGGAAGGUGAAGAUGACCCUUCUCCACGAGAUCUUUGCCCUCACCCUGUGUCUGUGGAUAAAGGGGGGUGCAGGCCCUGGGCUGGGGACCCCCUUCUCCUACUCUGUACCAGGACAGGCCAACGAACUGGUGCUGAUUGAGUGGGGCAACAACCCCAUGGAGCUGUUGGUGGAUGACAAGGCAGUGACUCUGCCCCUUUCUAUCAGCGAUGGAAAGUGGCACCAUGUGUGUGUGACGUGGUCGACGAGGGACGGUGAGUGGGAGGCGUACCAGGACGGGGUGAAGAGGGGCUCUGGGGAGAACCUGUCCGCAUGGCAUCCCAUCAAACCUGGAGGGGUCUUCAUCCUCGGACAGGAACAGGACACUCUGGGAGGUCGUUUCGACGCCACACAGGCGUUUAUGGGGGACAUCUCUGACCUCCAGAUGUGGGCUAAUGUCCUCACGGCCCAUGACAUCUACAGCCUGGCCUCCUGCAACAGCCACCUCAGCGGGGACGUCAUCACCUGGUCCGAGAACGUGGUGGAGCUCCACGGAGGGGUCACCAAGUACCCCUUCGACCCCUGUCACUAAGGGCAACCAACUAUUAUGACAUUACCAAUGGAUCCAUAUCACACACAUACUUAAAAGUACUCCGAUCGAAGAAGGAUUUUUUUCCGAUCCAGAGGGGGUAUGAGAUCACACAGGAUAGAGAAUCCACUCCACUUAAUAUUACCACCUGACUAAAACUAUGCCUUCCUUUUAGUCUGAAAGACUGAAGAGCCCCAUUCUCAGAGACUGUGUUAUGACUAUUAUGGAAUUCAAAUGUUUUGAUAAUGAAAUGGACUAUAUAUACAGUGCCUUCAGAAAGUAUUCAUACCCCUUGACUUAUUCCACAUUUUGUUGUGUUACAGCCUGAAUUCCAAAUGGGUUAAAUUAUAACAAACGUUCACCCAUCUACACAUAAUACCCCAUAAUGACAAAGUGAAAACAUGUUUUUACAUGUAUUGAAAAUAAAACCCAGAAAUAACCAUUUACACAAGUAUUCACACCCCUGAGUUAAUUCUUUGUAGAAGCAACUUUGGCAGUGAUUACAGCGAUGAGUCUUUCUGGGUAAGUCUCUAAGUGCUUUCCAGACCUGGAUUGUGCAAUAAUUCUUCAAGCUCUGUCAAAUUGGUUGUUGAUCAUAGACAGCCAUUUUCCGGUCUUACCAUAGAUUUUCAAGUAGAGUUAAGUCAAAACCAUAAAUUGACCACUCAGGAACAUUCCAAUCUGGUUGGUAAGCAACUCCAGUGUAGAUUUGGUCUUGUGUUUUAGGUUAUUGUUCUGUUGAAAUGUGAAUUAAUCUCCCAGUGUCUGUUGGAAAGCAGACUGAAACAAGUUUUCCUCUAGGAUAUUGCCUGUGCUUAGAUCUAUUCCAUAUAUUUUUUAUCCUGAAAAACUCCCCAGUCCUUAACGAUUACAAGCAUACCCAUAACAUGAUGCAGCCACCACUGUGCUUGAAAAUAUGGAUAGUGGUAACGUUCUGUAUUGGAUUUGCUCCAAACAUAACACUUUAUAUUCAGGACAACAAGUUAAUUGCUUUGCAACAUUUUUUUCAGUAUUACUUUAGUGUCUUGUUCCAAAGAGGAUUUAUGUUUUGGAAUAUUUUUAUUCUGUACAGGCUUCCUUCUUUUCACUCUGUCAAUUAGAUUUGCAUUGUGGUGUAACUACAAUGUUGUUGAUCCAUCCUCAAUUUUCUCCUAUCACAGCCAAAUUCACUGCUUGACUGUGAGGGAUCUUACAGAUAAUUGUUUGUGUCGGGAACAGAGAUGAGGUAGUCAUUCAAAAAUAACGUUAAACACUUUUAUUGCACACAAAGUCCAUGCAACUUAUGUGACUUUUUAAGCAAAAUUGUACUCCUGAACUUAUUUUAACUUGCCAUAACAAAGGAGUUGAAUAUUGAUUGACUUAAGACA